CCGGCCCAGCCCCAUGCGCCCGUCCCUCAGCCCUAGCGGGUGCGGGGUGCGGGCCGGAGCUCACGGAGGCUUGGUGACCGCGCCGUGGGGCUGCGGACCCUCCUCCGGGACGCGGGCCUCGCUGUCACGGGCGUGGCGGCGCCGCGGGCCUUGCUCGGCCCGAGUGGCCCCGACCGGAGCUCGGCGGGGCGGGUGGCCCCUCGCUCGGCCUGGCCCGAGCGCUUCAGAGCGGGCUGGACCUCCGGCCGGGCCGGGGUCGCCUGCAGCCACGCCUGAGGCUCCACCGAGGGCGCUGCCAGAUCCGGCCACGACAUGGCGGCCGCUUUCCUAAGGAGGAUGGCCUCCGCCUUGCACCCUCUGCUGCAGCUGAGUCGCUGCUCGGCGGCCCCCCGCGCGCUCUCCACGCUCCUGCCGGGUCCCCUCGCCGCCGCGGCCCCAGCGGGCGCCUCGCUUCUCGCCCGCCGCCUGCUGCCCGGCCCGCAGCCCGCGGUGGGCUUCAAGACCAAGGGCGUCCUCCGGAAGCGCUGCCGGGACUGUUACAGGGUGAAGAGGCGCGGGCGGUGGUUCAUCUACUGCAGAACGAACCCCAGGCACAAGCAGAGGCAGAUGUAGCGCCUCCGGCUGUGAUGUCCUGGGCAGCGCCGCACCGUUUCCGUGGGAAGCAGCAUUACCUUUUCAGAGGAAAUAAAAUGUGAGCGUUCUGGGGUCUGA